AUGGCACCCAACGACAAGGCCGGUCGCGUUGUGUUUAUUGGUAACAUUCCCUAUGGCGGCAAUGAGGAAAUCAUCAUAGAGACGCUGGGCCGCGUUGGCCAAGUCCUUAACUUCCGGCUCGUCUACGACAAGGAAACUGGCCGACCCAAGGGGUUUGGCUUCGCAGAGUUCGCAGACAGCGAUUCAGCAGCCUCCGCAGUUCGCAACCUGAACGACCAUGAGUUGAUGGGAAGGAAACUGCGGGUGGAUUGGUCGAACGACAAUGGCGCUGGCGACAACGCGCCCGCGAACAACUCGGCACCAGUCAAUGGACAGCUAGACGUUGCUGCUGCAGCAGCACCACAGUCCUCCGCGCUCCCUCCGCUCCCACCUGGCGCCGAGCUCCAGCCCAACCUUUCGUGUCCAGAUUCGAUAUCUCUCACACUCAACACUCUUCCUCCACCGCAGCUGCUCGACAUCAUUUCUCAGAUGAAGGGUCUGGUCAUGACCGAGCCCGCAAAGGCUACGGAGGUUUUCAGGCAGGCACCACAACUCGCCUACGCGAUAUUUCAGGCACUUCUGCUCUUAAAUCUUGUCGAUACCAACGUCCUCGGCUCGCUCAUCGAUCCGGCCCCUCCAGCGGCAGCAGCUCCUCCGCCGCAACCACAACCACCUGCACCGCAGCCCGCUCGGCCACCGCAAAGCUAUUCCGGUUACACUCCUCAGCCUGUCCCAACACCGCCGCAAGUAGUGCAGCAACCGUAUGGCCAGCCGCCUCAGCCAGCCCAACUGGCUUUGUCUCCGGAACAGCUCGCAGCGUACCAGCAAGUCAUGGCAUUGACUCAGCAGCAAAUCGAUUCCUUAGAUCCGGCGUCGCGUGCGCAGAUUAUGGCGCUGAGGCAACAGUUCGCCGCGUUGGCCGGUGGUCGCGUAUAA